CCAACCAUCUCUAGGCUAAACCCUUCGGUACCAGGAGCGGAUCCGCACGCAUCUCCCGCUCUGUCUGGCUGCCACCCUCCGCACCCCUCCUCGGCUCCUUUGCCACUCCGGGAGGGGUGGGAGGAGGAACUGCACUUUCUUUUUGUGCGUGUGAGCGCACCUUUUUCCGCACCGACGUCCUCUCUCGCAGCCUUUUCCAACCCCGCGGCGAGAUUUUUGUGUAUUUGUUUUCUUUUCCACGCUCGCAGUUCUUUCUUUCUUCUCACCCGAGCGAUGCAGGAGGAGUUGGGAAGCUCAGGGACGGAUGAGGGGUUCGCUUAUCCAUUUUUACCCCCUCGCCAGCUCUUGAAGGACCAGCAGAAAAACUAAGCCAAACAUUUAUUUUCCGACCGGGUCUUCCCCUCCCGCCGCUCUCCGCCGGACCAGCGAAUUAACAAAACCCCACAUUGCACCAAAAAAAAAAAAAAAAAAAAAAAGGGAAAAAAAACUAAAACCACCAAAACAAAAAGCAGAGGGGAGAAGAAGGAAGGUGCGAAACAUUGUCACCCUGACCCGCGGCGGGCACCGGGCCGGGCACCGGCGGAACAAAGCCGGCACCGGGCUCCGGGAGGAGAGGCCGGGGGGCGGGGGAGAGGGAGCAGCCCCGGCUGGUGCUAUCUCCGCAUCCCUUUUGUUAUUGAUCGCCAGGACGAAGAGCCGGGGAAACGGCACUUUCCAGCGCAAUUUAAUUUCAUUUUUUAUUUUUUUUUUCCCCCUAAACGCGACUCGCAGCGUUUGCCGGCGUAUCGUAGCCCGCUGCCCCGAAUUAACGGGCGGAGGCGGACUUUGAUGGGGAAACGCUUUUUCCUCCCCGAUGCAUCGGUCAUUUGAACUGUAAAGGAAUCGCCGAGGGGGCGAGGGGACCCGGAGACAGCGGCUGUGCAAACGACUCCACCGAGGCUCCUCCGCCCCCUCCACGAUGAUGCUCAGCCCGGACCAAGCGGCCGACUCCGACCACCCCUCCUCGGCGCCCUCCGACCCCGAGUCUCUGGGGGGCGCGGACCCCCGGGCGCUGGGCUGCUGCGCCUCCGACCCGGAGCCGGCCGAGGGCGGUGGGGGCGGCGGCGGCGGGGGCGGCGGGGAGGGUCGUGCCGGGGGCCGGCCGGGGCUGCACCCGCCGCCGCUCAGCCGGGAGGAGAAGCGCCGCCGUCGGCGCGCCACGGCCAAGUACCGCUCGGCCCACGCCACCCGGGAGAGGAUCCGCGUGGAGGCCUUCAACCUGGCCUUCGCCGAGCUACGCAAGCUGCUGCCCACGCUGCCGCCCGACAAGAAGCUCUCCAAGAUCGAGAUCCUGCGCCUGGCCAUCUGCUACAUCUCCUAUCUCAACCACGUCCUGGACGUGUAGCCUCCGCAAGCCCGCCCCGACGGCCCCGCGGAGGCCGCAUCGGGACGCGCCGCGCACCGGGAGCCCGGCCCCGGGAGCGCCAGGCGGCUGCGGGGCCGGGCGCGGGCCGGGGCCGGGCGCGGGGACCUUUCCCCGCUUCUUUGCUUCAGAAGCUGAGCCGCGGCGGCGCGGAACGCCCGCGUUUUUCGGCAGAGAGGUGUGAAACCAGAUUGUCUCUUCAGGCUGUCAAGUGCCCCUUUAUAUAUAUCCAAAAACAUCUACUUGUGACCUUAAACGUGUGACCCAUGGGUGCAGUUAAAAAUAACUAUUUUUUAUUUAUGGUAGAAGGAGUCGACAAUUUAUUUUUUUCAAGACUUAUUUAUUUUUCAGAGUGGUGGCAAUUUUACUUUGGAUACUUUGUGCCAAUUGUUUUCUAUAGUCGCGUGUUUACACUUUCUCCUGUGGAAUAUUAUGUUUAACUUUAUAAGUGUUUGUUGGGAUCGAUACAGUGUUCCUUUUUUCUUUUCUUUUAUUUUCUUUUCCUUUUGUUUAUUUUUUUUCCGAUUAUAUUGCACUUGUGUAUGACAGACCUUCCCUUCCUCCCUGUUUAUAAGUAUAUUUUAUAUAUAUCAAGACAUUUGCUCUUGAACUCUGUUCUUUCUUUCCUUCCUUCCUCCUUUCUUUCUUUCUUCCUUUCUUUCUCUUUCUUUCUCUUUCUUUCUUUCUUUCUACUUCUUCUUCUAAUUAUUAUUUUUUGUGCGCGUAUGUGGGAUCGAUGACCACUAGCACUUAACUAGAAGAGUUUUUUAAAAAAAACUUGUUGUUAUUCUGAUCUAUAGUUAUGUCUGAAAAGUACUUUGCAAAUCGUUUAUAAGGGAAGUAGUUUUUUGUGGGUGUAUAUGUGUGUGUGUGUAUACCUGUAUGUGUGUGGGGGUGAGCGUGGGUGUGUAUGUGUGUGGUAUAUUUUUAGGAAAGGACAUUUUUCCUAAAAAAAAAAAAAAAAGGAAGAAGAAGAUGAAGAAGAAGUAAAUCCAGGACUGCUUUCCUUUGUGACAACCAAAAAAUUCUAUAACCUGAAAAUGUUUCAUGUUCUUUGCUGUGAAUCUCUUAAAACAAGAAGCGCAUUAUAGGGACAAGAAAGAAAAAGAAAAAAAAAAAAAAACACAUCUGCUAUCCAAAGAUUUUAGUCUUUUUCAGGGUUUUUUUGUGUGUCUCUGUUGCUUUAUAUAAUGCAAUAUUUUGUAGUGAAAAUAGAUAAAUCUGGUUUCUAUCUGAUGCGUUUUUCAUAUCUCUCAUGAAUGGUGAGCUGUUUUGCAUAUAAAUAAAAGUAUCAAAUAAAAGCUGUUUUUUCCUAAUUA